UUCAAUUUACUGUGAAUAUCAUAUUGCCUCACGGUGCAUCUUUCAGUUUAGAUUGCUGUUGAUUUGGUCCUCUGGAAUCUGCAAAAGGAAAGUCUGCCAGCCUCUGUGAAUAGCUUUGCAGUGUAACAGGAGUGGAGUUCCCGAGCAGAAUUGCCGAGAGAUAUGUGAAUGCGUGGGAACCAAGCUGAGCACAUCGGUGUUUCUGCCUCAAACCUGGGCUCAUUCCCCAGGCACAGCCUGUGUGUGGGGUGAACACCUCCGUGGCACCUGGAGAUGAUGUCAGUCGAAGGGUCUACGAUAACGAGUCGGAUCAAAAAUCUCCUUCGCUCCCCUUCCAUUAAGCUGAGGAGAAGCAAGCCUGGGAACAAGCGAGAAGAUAUAGGCAGCAAGGUGACUUUGGAGAAGGUCUUGGGCAUAACCGUGUCGGGAGGCAGAGGACUAGCCUGCGACCCCAGAACUGGCCUUGUUGCUUAUCCAGCUGGGUGUGUUGUUGUGCUGUUCAACCCUAGAAAAAAUAAGCAACACCAUAUUCUAAACAGCUCCAGGAAAACAAUUACAGCACUUGCUUUCUCUCCAGAUGGAAAAUAUUUGGUUACAGGAGAGAGCGGACACAUGCCAGCAGUUCGGGUGUGGGAUGUGGCUGAGCGAACCCAGGUGGCAGAGCUCCAGGAGCACAAAUAUGGUGUGGCCUGUGUGGCCUUCUCCCCCAGCUCCAAGUACAUUGUGUCUGUGGGGUACCAGCAUGACAUGAUUGUCAACGUGUGGUCAUGGAAGAAAAACAUCGUAGUGGCAGCCAACAAAGUCUCAAGUAAGGUGACAGCAGUGUCAUUCUCUGAGGACUGCAGUUACUUUGUCACUGCUGGAAAUCGACAUAUCAAGUUCUGGUACCUGGAUGACAGCAAAACCUCCAAGGUCAAUGCCACUGUCCCCUUGCUGGGUCGCUCGGGAUUGCUUGGAGAACUGAGGAACAACUUCUUUGCGGACGUAGCUUGUGGAAGGGGCAAAAAAGCUGACAGCACUUUCUGUAUCACAUCCUCAGGCCUGCUCUGUGAAUUCAAUGAAAAAAGGCUGCUAGACAAGUGGGUGGAGCUGAGGACCACUGUGGCAAACUGCAUCUCUGUGAAUCAUGACUACAUCUUCUGCGGCUGUGCUGACGGCACCGUGCGGAUUUUUAACCCUCUAAACCUUCACUUUGUCACUACUCUGCCGAAGCCACACUUCCUGGGAACUGACAUCGCAAGUGUGACUGAGGCCAGCCGUCUUUUCUCUGGUGUGGCUGAUGCGAAGUAUCCUGACACCAUUGCCUUGACCUUUGACCCCACCAACCAGUGGCUUUCCUGUGUAUACAAUGACCACAGCCUGUAUGUGUGGGAUGUCAAAGAUCCGAAGAAAGUGGGCAAGGUGUACUCUGCUUUGUAUCACUCUUCCUGUGUGUGGAACAUUGAGAUGUAUCCAGAGGUGAAGGACAACAAUCAGCCCUGCCUCCCCCCUGGUUCCUUCAUCACCUGCUCUUCUGACAACACCAUUCGUCUGUGGAACACUGAAAGCUCCAACAUCCAUGGCACAGCCCUGCACCGCAACAUCCUCAGCAAUGACUUGAUGAAAAUCAUCUAUGUAGAUGACAACACUCAGGUACUUCUGGACACUGAUUACAACUCAGCAGGAAGUGCAGACAAAGCUGAUGCACAAGUGCUGGAUACGAAGGUGGGGAUACGCACUGUCUGUGUGAGUCCCAGCGGGGAGCACCUGGCCUCAGGGGACAGGAUAGGCACUCUCAGAAUAUAUGAGUUGCAGUCUCUGAAGGAAAUGCUGAAGGUAGAAGCCCAUGACUCAGAGAUCCUAUGUCUGGAAUACUCCAAACCUGACACAGGUUUAAAGCUCUUAGCCUCAGCCAGUCGGGAUAGAUUGAUUCAUGUCUUGGAUGCUGGGAAGGACUAUAGCCUGCAGCAAACCCUGGAUGAACAUUCUUCUUCCAUUACUGCAGUGAAAUUUGCAGCCAACGAUGGGAAAGUGCGGAUGAUAAGCUGUGGGGCAGACAAGAGCAUCUAUUUCCGCACUGCGCAGAAGACAGGAGAAGGAGUCCAGUUUACCCGAACACAUCACAUUGUUAGAAAGACCACACUUUAUGACAUGGAUGUGGACCCCAGCUGGAAAUAUGCAGCUAUUGGAUGCCAGGAUCGUAACAUCAGGGUUUUCAACAUAAGCAGUGGGAAGCAGAAGAAGCUUUACAAGGGAUCCCAAGGUGAAGACGGCACCCUUAUCAAAGUGCAAACAGAUCCUUCUGGUCUUUAUAUUGCAACCAGUUGUUCUGACAAGAACCUCUCCAUCUUUGAUUUCUAUUCUGGCGAGUGUGUUGCAACCAUGUAUGGACACUCAGAGAUUGUAACUGGGAUGAAAUUCAGUAACGACUGCAAACAUCUGAUCUCUGUUUCUGGUGACAGCUGCAUCUUCAUCUGGCGUCUGAGCUCAGAGAUGACCAUCAACAUGCGGCAGCGACUGUCAGACAUGAAACAGAGAGGGAAGCAGGCAGAGAAGUCUCCUCCUCACAAGGCAGCUGGACUCAUGAGGCAUGAGUCCAUCUCUGCCCUGUCCUCUGUGCCUGCACUCUCAUCAGACAGCGAUAAGGAUGGUGAAGAUGAAGGCAAUGAUGAAGAUGAGUUACGAGGGCUGCAGUCUUUCCAUAUUCAGUCCAACUGCAACACUGAGAGAGACUCAGAUCCAGACCUUACCCUCUCAAGAAGCCUUUCCCACUGGGAAAUGAGGAGGGCCAAAGAGAUAGCAGCAAUCCAGCGCUCAGAGGCACCGAUGAGCAAGGUGCCCCGGCAGCGUGGCCGCUGGUCCCAGCCCAGCAGCAGCAUAGAGAUGACAGUGAAAUCCAUGCUUGACCUGCGGCAGCUGGAGUCCUUCUCUGUUUCCCGUUCUCCAAGCCGAGACUCGCUGUCCCAAAACAGCAAUGGGGAUGACAGAGAAGAGCACACUGACCUUCCUGUGCACGUCAACAAAGUUGGCAGCUCAAUACCUCCCCAAGAUAAUGGGUCUUGUGCACGACCCCAGGUGAUUCGGCUUGUGUCUUGUGAAGAGGGGAUUUUCUCUCAGGAACUGGAACCUUCUGAGAGUGAGGAAUGUGUAAUCUACCCUGUGCAAGAUGAAAUCCAUCCCGCAGACUCUAGCAGUGAGUUCCAGGUAAAAGCAUUGCCCCAUGGGAAACUAUGUAGAGGUUAUCAGAGUAAUGGAUGCCCAGACAAACACAGUCCAGACAGUGCCUGCUCUGUAGAUUACAGCAGCAGUCGUCUGUCCAGCCCAGACCAUCCAAAUGAAGAUUCAGAAGGCACUGAGCCUCUAAGCGUAGAUGGUGUUUCAGACCUGGAGGGAGAAGAAGGAGAGGAGGAUGUGAGUACUAGCAUGCCUGAGGGAGAAAUUCCUCAGAUACCUGAUCAAGAAAAGUUCCUCAAGGAGCAUUUUGGGACCCUGAGCAACACUGAUGGAAAAGGUGGCUCAUGUAGGAAUCUGGAAAGAACCGAAACCCUCAGCAUUUCCUCUCGCUUUCUUUCCCAGUCCCCGGCUCUCAGACAACUGUCACUCUCUUCAUCCAAUCUGACACUGGUUUCAAAGCCCAUCGAGCCACCAACCCAGACCAGUCAGUUUACAUCAAACCUGUUGAAAAAUGACAGCAGCCAUCCUGGUGACGCAUCAGAGAGCAGCCAGCUCCUGGAGAAUGUAAAUUCAAAUCGAGCUGCCUGUAUGCAGAAGAAGCGCAGAUCAGCUUUGGAGCCCAGCAGAGUUGGUAUGGCUCCUGGACGGGUUAUUGCCUCCUUUCCAGAAGGGCCUGUGAAUGCAGUCAUGAGGAAGGCACAGUCAGUGCAUGACCUCGUGCAUGAGGAUAAGGGGCCAGGAGUGAUAUCCUCUGCCAAGCAGCGUCCUCAGACUCUUUUGGUGGUUGAGAAGGAUCCCAGACCUAACAAUUGCAGGGUGUUAUCAGCCAGUAUGUUGAAGAUGGAUGGAUCUGGAGCUCUGCUGGCCAAAGAUGUCAGGGCUGCAAAACCAAAGUCCUACAUGAACCCCACAACCAGCUUCCGAGCUAAGAUGUCAAGGAGCAUAUCUGUAGGGGAAAAUCUGUACCUUGGUUGCUCCACUGAAAUGUUGACUGAUGGGAGGACUAGCCCUCCAGUGACAGAGAAAACACAAUUUAGUUCCACAUCAGAUGCUGAGAAGAUUAAGCUGCCAGUGAAAGAAAACGUUCCAGUGAAACCUGCACUCCAGCCAGUUGUAAACUGCUCAUCUCCCAAGUCCUUCCACAGCAAGUUGGCAUCAUCAAACCGAGCACAUCUGAUUCUUGACAUUCCCAAGCCAUUGCCUGAUAGACCCACACUGGCCUCCUUCUCACCCACUACCAAAGCAAAAACCCUGCUUGAGCCACAGUCUCCACAGUCACCUGCUGGGGCCUCCAAAAAGAAACCCUCUUUUCCUGAGGUCCGAACCUCCAAGAGGGAGAAUCAAGCUGCUGGGUUUCUCGUUCCUGGUAGAGAGGUCUCAACAGGGCUUGCUAAGGAGAGCCCAGUGGAUUAUCCAGUCUCGAGGACAGAUUGCCAGGAUGAGCCAGGGGUCACUAGUCUAAAACUGAGGGAAGUGUCAGAGGGCCAGCAGCUAAGGUCUCCUGAGAGCACACUGCCCAGGGGCAGGGAGCGGAUCACCGGCAUCGCAUGUGUGCUAGACAGCCAACCUGGACUUUGCCCACUAGACCCCAUCAGGCCCAGGUCUCCUACAGCUAUAACUGCCUCGGCACAGGUCUCAGAGUUGGGCAUCAGCAUAGAGCAGUGUGAGCACGUGGUGUCCGAGCUCCAGGACAGCAUGCGCAGAGCCCUUCACCUCUACCGCAGGGUACUAAAUGAUACGGAAUCUUCUACUGACAAAGAUAAAAUAGCAGGCCUCCUGACAGAAACAUUCUCCUCCAUGAAGAAAGAGUUGGACUCUCUGAAGGAUGCAGAAGAGCUUCCAAAAGACAAGGAGGCACUGGUGAAGCCACAAGAUAACACUAGCCCACUGAAUGAGGGAUGCGGUGCCAAUCUACCGAGUCCCAAGAGUUUGGGAGAUGAGCAGACACUCGCUUUGUUGGAACAGUACUCGGAGCUAUUGCUGCAAGCUGUGGAACGACGCAUGGACAAAAAACUCUAAGAGGGGUGGCUUUCAGGUGUUUGUGAAUACACAGAAAUAAUCGCAAGAAGAGGACCACAGAGAGAGCUUCAGACCAAUGCUACCAUCAGCUGGUCAAGGGCUGGUGGAGAUACCUUUAUAAAUUGAUUUCCUCAGGCUCCAACAACUUGUUCCAAUUCUUAGCAAUGUGCUGGCCACAGUUUUAAUAUUUGUUUCCCAAUGGUCUUCAACUUCCAAGACUUCUAAACAAAGUCUUGAAAGAGGAGUUUGGAGAAAUUGCCUUGAAAUUUCUUCAUAGCCAGGAGGUCAGGAUGUUUGACAUCUAAAAAUACAGGGAAAAUCCAGUUUAUCCAAGAAAUUCUGAACUGCUGACUAAAAGCAAAGGUUGAUGUGAAGCCAAUCCCUUCCUCUCCAAGACUUCAUAAGAAUCAAGAAUCAGACUUUUUAUGGGUUUAUUUAUUAAUUUAUUUCUCUUGACUGUUGCUCUAUGCCACGUUUGUGGCUGUUACCUUUGUCCUUUAAAAAAACUGUCAGUCCCUUUGCCAUAUCCCAGCGAGAAACAAUCUCUGUAUUAUAAAUCCCCAACAGGGAGACAGGCUGGAGUGUCUGUGCAAUUAAUGAACUGUUCUCUGCUUAGAUCUUUUCUUGCUGUUCUUGCUUUUCCUCCCUUGGUUUUGUUCCUUGUAAUCCUGCUGUUGUUAUGACAACCCUGUCUGCUUUCCUAUUGUGUCAAAAUAGUCCCCACACUGUAUCUUAUCUGCAUUCACCUCCAGGGAAAGGCUGUGUAUCCCUUGGGCCAUGCUUUGGAGAUUACUUUAUGAAUUCAUCAGUGGUAUUUUUAAUCUGGAAUUUGAAUACUUCAGACUGGGUUUUCUGCAGACAUUUUAAAAAUUUGAUUUAGAUACAAUACAAAAGUUUAUUUCAGCCAGUUUUCAUGAUUAGGAAUUGGAUAUUGAGUUUGUUACUAUUUAUUUUUGGAGAAGUAACAUGGAAAAGCUGGUUUCCAUCUCAUACAGUGUCACUAUGGGAUUGAGAGAUCUUCAGUGCCAUGGCUCAUCUGUGUCAUUUGUUCAUUUCACUGUGAUAGGAAAAUGUUUUCUCCUUGCCUUUACAUGAAAACAGAACAUUUACAUCACAAGAAAGCUGGGAUUCUUUUACCUUUUGUAAAGCUAUUUCAAAACCCCUCACAAAAUUAUUUCCUAAGAACUUCAAAUGAGAUAUUUUGGGGUGUGAGGACCUCCAUUUCCCCUGCCUCUAGCCCCUUUGCUUUUAAUGAAUUUCUGGUCUGAGAAACAGAAUCUUCUCUUCUUGCAUUUGUAUGUGCAAUAUUCUUCUUGCCCUGUGGAGCUUCUCUAAACCCCUGCUAACUUGUGUCUAUUGUGGCUUAAAAUUGUCCAGUGAUGUUUUUUAGGUCAAUGAUAUAAGCUAAGAAAAACAAUUUUAAACCAAUGAAAUUCUUCAGCACCUUCUCCCUUACUCCCACUCCUUCUAACAACAGGGGAAAAUACGCAAAAUGUUUUAUUUCUUGCA